CAUCUAUGGAGUAAAAAGCACUUGAAGAAGAGAGGAUAGUGAGCAGUAGCAAGGAAUUGAGACAUUGCAUGGAAUUUUUAUAGCUGUGGUACAUGUGAAUUUGGAUUUAUAGCAGAGUUGUCGAGCUGUAACUGUCUGUUCAUGAAUGAAAUAUAGAACACCGAGUGGAAGAGUGGAUGUGACUGGAAGCCAUUUCACCUGCACAGGGACAAACAUGGAGGCCAAGCUGAAGGAACUCCGACAGAAACUGGAGAAACAAUGCCAAAUUAACCAGGAGCUGCAGAACGAGAAUCGGAACCUGGAGACAAGGCUGAAGGAGAAAGACAAACUCUUGGAGGAGCUACAGUGUCGUUUUGUUGGGCUGGAUCAUUUGUCCCAGAGAAACAGCAAUGACAGUGUGGAGGUCCGGCAGAACCGAGCGGCAGUCAUGGCUCCGGAGCCGAUACCAGAGGACAUGGACAUCUCAUCCACCAGGGUCAAAAAGACCAUCAGUGAAAAAGCUCAAAUCAUGAAGGCAAUGCAGAAAAACGAUUUCCUGAGUCGUCUGGAGGAGGAGCAGAUCAACAUGAUGGUGGAGCUUCUCGUCUGUCUGGACCGCUGUCCUGGUGAUGAGGUCAUCAAAGAGGGCACAGAGGGUGACAGCCUGUACAUUGUUGCAGCUGGAGAGCUCCAAGUUACUCAGGCAGGGCGUCAUCUUCGAACUUUGACCUCUGGAGAUGUCUUCGGGGAGCUGGCCAUCUUGUACAACUGCAAACGGACAGCGUCGGUCAAAGCGGUUACGCCUGUUAAGUUAUGGUGCAUUGAGAGACAGAUAUACAGGAGCAUCAUGGCAAUCAAGUCAAAGCAUAAACGAGCGCAGUUGAUGGGCUUUUUAAAGACAGCCCGUACCUUCAAUUCCCUGAGCAACGAACAGCUCUCCAACAUCAUUGAUGCCAUGGAGGAGGUAAAGUUUCAGGACAACGAGGUGAUCGUGCGUGAAGGUGCCGAAGGAGACACGUUUUACAUCAUCCUAAAUGGAGAGGUCCAGGUGACAAAGAUAGUGAACGGACAGCAAAAAGUCAUCCGUAAAAUGGGACAAGGGGAUUAUUUCGGAGAACUCGCCCUUAUACGUGAGAUCUUAAGGACUGCUACGUGCACCGCUUUGGGAGCAGUAACCUGCUUCGCCAUCGAUAAGGAAGCAUUCGAGGAGACGAUCCCUAUAGAGAGCCUGGAGCUACAUGAUGAUGCAGAUCUCCUGGAGAAUCCUCACCCUUUAAAGAAAGAUAGCUCAGUGUCUUCUCUGCAGUUCAAGGAUCUCGUCCCAGUCCUGUACCAGGAGGGACGCUACCAAGGAAGCCCCGUCACCCUGGGACUAGGGGGGUUUGGACGAGUGGAACUGGUGACUACGCUGCAGUAUGGGAAAUAUUUUGCCCUAAAAAAAAUCAGCAAGAAGUUUGUAGUAGAGAAGAAGCAAGAGAACCAUGUGCUGUUUGAGAGGAAGCUCUUGCUGGACAUUGAGUGUGACUUCAUAGUCAGGCUUCAUGCCACUUUUAAAGACUCCCGCUAUAUCUAUAUGGUCAUGGACUUUUGCUCAGGUGGUGAGAUCUGGACCAAACUAAAGGAAGCACGCCGUUUUGAAGAGAACAUAGCUGUGUUCAUAGCUGGGUGUGUGGUUGAGGCUUACGCCUAUCUCCAUAAGAAAGACAUCAUGUACCGAGACCUGAAGCCAGAGAACCUCAUGCUGGACACCAGGGGAUACAUCAAACUAGUUGAUUUUGGUUUCGCGAAGAAGCUCCAGCGAGGGCAGAAGACCUACUCCUUCUGCGGAACUCCAGAGUACAUGGCUCCAGAGAUCAUUCAGAAUCAAGGACACGACUUUGCCGCUGAUUUCUGGUCUCUAGGUAUUCUGAUCUACGAGCUUCUGGCAGGCAGCCCACCUUUUUCAAGCUCAGAGCCGCAGAACAUCUACUCUAAGAUAUUGGAUGCUGUCAUCAAGUAUCCCCCGCACAUCGGAGAGGCUGCCAAGUCUCUUAUUGGCAAACUGUGCAGACCACGCCCAGGUCAAAGGUUAGGAAACACCAGAAAUGGGAUCAAAGAUGUCCGUAAUCACAGGUGGUUUAACAACAUGAACUGGCCUAAACUGAGGAUGAGACAGAUCAGCGCUCCAACGGUUAAACUCAUCCGAAAGGGUCCCUGCUACAUCAACUUCGACUGCUUCCCAUUCGAUAAGAGCCAAGCCGAGGAGGAAUUCUCCGGGUGGGAUCGUGAUUUCUAAGAGUCAUCGAGUUUGAGAGCCUGCACACACUCGUUCUCUUAGGAAACGUCUGUGGGCUGUUUGUUCCAUCCUGAACAGAGAAAAACAGAAAAUGAAUCAGUAUUAAAACGUUUGUGAUUUAACAGAAAAUCAGCUUGACCAUCUGGUUGCUGUAAAGUUUAGCACCUGUACAGAGAUGUAAUCAAAGUGAUAGAGAGGGAGAACAUUACCUGGGACUAGAAAAUGAUAUAACCAUGUAUUACACCUGGUGAUAAUGAUGAUGGAGUGUGUUUUUUUUUUCCGCAUAGUUGUUGUUUUUGUUUUUGCCGACACCAUAUGCAAAUUUUGAUUGGUAUAAAGAAAAAAAAUCAAGUGAAUUUGCUCAUUUUUCGAAUUCGUGCAAUGUUAUAUAAAACCUAGUCGUGAGACAAACUGAUUGUUUACACCUUUUUUCUAGUAGGAUUGUUGAAGAUGUGAGAUGAGCAAUAGAUAUACUGUACACAACAUAUAAUGUAAAUAUAUAACAUGAACAAAUGGCAUCAAUAGACAUUCUGUUAAUCAAAAAGUUUUAAUCGUAUUCAUUGUUUUAAAUAAACACUAUCCAAGGUGAUUAAAAUACAGUACAGGUUUUUUUUUUUUUCACUAUAAAACCACCCUGCUGGAAAAGUUAUUUUUAGGGCUAACAUGGAAAUCUUGAUGCUGAGGGUUUCCUCUUUCUUACUACACCAUGUACUCUACACCUUACUACACCUACUUCUUACAAACCUCAUUUAAAUGAUUUAAAAUAGGAUUUUGAUGUUUAACUCACACUGGCUAUAUCACAAGAAUCAGACAUGCUUUCUGAACCAGGAAUCUGAAAAUAUGCAUUUCUCAAAUCACCUCAAAUAAAUAAGUGACUUAAUACAUGAUUUGAUGUGAUCACUCCGGGCUUUCAUACUCUUUAACGGCAAGAGACGGAAAAAUAGAAAGCUUAUGAGGAAAUGGCUGUUCAAUUACACAACGCAAUGAUUUAAAUGAAAAUAA